UAAAAGUGUUGUACGAGGACUGUGCGGUGAGUUGAAAUGUUGAAAUCGAGCAGGCCACGUCCGAGAGAUAGUGGAGCCGCGAACGCGCCGUGUUCGCCUACUAGAUCUGUGAGUGCACAAGACCACGUUUUCGUUCUGUUUUGUUACAUACCUGGACACCGUUGUGCAUCCGUACACUGAUGCCCGCUGCAUCUCCUGGCUAUGGGCUAUCAGUUUUUUCUUGAGACGGCCGCUUGGACUUUUUUUCUGUUCUUACUCCAGACCUUCUCCUUAGGGGCAGGCAACUUUUUCCAGGAUCUAGGCUUGGGGGCCCUUCCCGACAUUGCUAAGAUCAACGUGAGCCAAGAUGAGUAUUCGCAGAUGAUGGAAGUUUACCUAUCAGCUCGACGUUCAUCACCAACUAACCAUGUCCCGCACCUUGUAACAUUUGAUGUAGGACAUCACUUCCUGGACAAUUCGAGAAGAAACAUGAUCGACCUGGAGUCGAACAACCUUUCAGGGGAGCUAGAGGUAGAAAGCGGUGAGCUCAAAUUGCUCAUCGAUCCUGUUCAAGUCACAGAUCCUGAAGUUGUCCAAGUGCGCAUUUACGAAAAGUUCGGUCCUAAGCAGAGACAAUUCGUGGACGAAAAAACGUUGUACCUUUCCCACAAUCAAACAAAAUGGUGCGAAUUCGACCUAACGAAUUCAAUUCAAUGGUGGCUUAAUGACAAAAUCAACUUCAGGCUUGAACUCAUAUGUUUGAACUGUAAGGGUUCUUUGCGAGUGCGUGAAGCUUUUGUGAACGCUUUGGUUUUUCGGGAUGGAAUGAGAAAAAAGAGGUCGGUCUCGCCAUUCGAUCAAACCAGAAGAACGGAUUGCAGAUAUUCUAGUGGUAAUAACAAUAGAAUGAAGUGUUGUAGGCAUAACAUGACCGUCACUUUUAAAGACUUGAGAUUUCCGGAAAUGGCGUCAAUAGUUCAGCCUAAAUCGUAUGAAGCAGGUUAUUGUCAAGGCAGAUGUCCCCCAAAUUACAAUUACGCUACUAACCAUUCCCGAAUACAAACUUUGGUCCACCAGAUGGAUAAGAAAAUUGCUAAACAGCUAAGUCGACGAGCUAUCCCAAAGGCUUGUUGUUCGCCGUCCAAGCUGGCACCCUUGGAGAUAAUCAGGGUGGAUCCUUACAACAACUCCAAGCUGAUAGUGGAGAAAUGGGAGAAUAUGCAAGUUACAGAAUGUGCUUGUUCGUAACUUCAGCUGAAAACAUAUCAUAUUCAUAUAUACGGGUUGAAAUUAGAUUUUAUUAAGUUAUAUUUUCUGUUUUACUGUGAUAUUAUACUAUAGGAUCAUCUGUUAACGAUUUCUAUUUUUUGUAUUGAGAAUUUAAUGUAAAUGUCGAAGCUUCACCAAAGUAAUCAAAUAUCAUGUGAUUUAUCCGCAGUUUAUAGGAAAUUAAGUAUUUUUAAUCAAUGGGAGGAAUCAAUCAAGGGCUCUUUGUCCUAUGUUACGCAGUAUUGUAAGAAAUGAUGAAAUAAUGUUGAAAAUUUCAUGGAUUUUUCCGGAGACCAGAAUAUUCAGUUUCCAAGAAAUUAAUAUCGUUAUAUCAUUCGAUGGCUUUACCAUAUAAUUCAGAAAUUGUUCAAUGUUUUAUUCUAUCUAGUGGGAAAAUAUCGAUAUGUAACAAACCAAAGGUGAUUAAAGUUCUUCUCGGAAAAUUCAAUACAUAAUUGGUCAUAAUUAUUUCAUCAUUUCCAGAAUGAAAUUAUAGCAAAACUUGUAAAACACCUAGAUUUUUUAGAUAUUUUCAAAAUGGAAAAUAUCUCACCAGUAUACAGCUUUUUAUGUGUGGGAAGCAACAAAAUGUCUAUAAAAUGUGGAAUGUGUUGGCAACAAAUCAAAAUACUAAUCUUUAUUGUAAUUGUUAACUUAUGGAAUAAUCGUUGAAUUGUGAACCGAUACAUUUUAGGAAAAUAUGAAUUGACAGAAAUGAAAUUUGUUUAUGGCGAUCGAAAACUGAAUCGCUAGGUUUGGUAUAUUUGAAAAAUGGGAGAAUUCCUGGAGAAACUUAGGCGAAAUUAAUGUUAGAAAUAUCAGAUUACUGACAAUGUUAAAUUACAUUAGGAACAAAUAUUAGAAAAUUAUAAUAAAGCGAAGAUUGAAUUAGUGAUUUUUUGAAUGGUGGCAGUAUCUUAUAGAAACAUUUUCCACCUCUAAACGGCAGCUUCAAACACAAAGACUAACACAGUACAAAUUUUAGUUCGCAUACUUGAAACGGGUUGAAUUCAUGAAAGGAGUUUCCUUUAGAUAUUUUGGUGUCAAUAAGCCGGUUACUGAAUAAGCUCUUUGGCGGCCUAAGUCAAGGUGAAAUAUUCUCAACAUUCCAACUUCAAUUUAUACCUACGAAGAUGUACAGCAAUAAACCUUUUCGACUCCAUCACUCAGAUCUAUUUUCGAUCCCCUUUAGUAUACGCAUGUGUAUUUUUGCUCUGGUCACAUGUUUAAUUUUUGAAUGGCACGUCAUUCAUUCGGUUGGAAAUUUCGUAAGAAACUCCUGUACGUAAACAAAGGGCUCCUUUAACGAUCUAGCAAAAAAAAAUUCAAAUGCAACUGAUUGCAAGAUCGAACGGUAUUUUUCUCAAAGUGGAUAGCGUGUAUUAUAAAUCUUCCUGAAUACAUAUCUCUCAAUUCAGCUUCGAAAAUAGGAGAUGUUCAUUUGUAAGUUCUAUUUAUACUAAUAGAGAGUCAUUUUUUAUGCAUGGUACUGAUUUAUUUAUAUUUUAUUAUGAGAGAAUGAAUAAAUUUUUUAAGUAG